AUGCCGCAACUCGCCCUAAAAGAGUCCUCUCUUUGGGCAAAUCGAAAAUGCCUUUUCAUCUGCACCAUCGUCUCCAUCGCUAACCUGCAAUAUGGGUUAGACAGCGCCGCUGUCGGGGGGUUGCAAGCCAUGCCCGGCUUCCUACGUGUCUUCGGCUACGCGAGCCCUAAAGCUCCAGGCGGGUAUGCAAUCGAUUCCACCUUCCAACAGCUCAUCGCCUCCCUUCUAACCCUCGGCUCCUUCAUUUCCGCUCUGACCGCAGGCACCUUCAGCCACUUCUUCGGGCGCAAAGUCGCGCUGUGGGUGGCCUGCGUGCUCAACGGCGUCGCCUGCAUUAUUCAGAUCACAAGCACCACACCAGCAGCUAUUUACAUAGGUCGAUUGAUUCUAGGCUUCGCGAACGGGUUUCUGGUCACGUUCAGCAAUAUUUAUACGAGCGAGGCGAGCCCGGCGCAUUUGAGGGGGGUCAUCGUGGCGCUUUUUGCGUAUUGGGUUAAUAUAGGGAGCAUUGUUGGGGCUGCGGUGACGAAUGCAACGAAAGCCAGGCUCGACAAAGCAUCCUACCAAAUUCCCAUUGGGACACUGUUCAUAGUUCCGAUGAUCUUGGCGGUGGGAUUGUUGUUUGUGCCGGAAAGUCCAAGGUAUCUACUUGCCAAGGGGCGAGAAAGCGAGGCCAAGAAAUCGCUCGAGUCGCUACGAGGUACAUCGGUCGCACCAGAGAUUGUGGAGCUAGAAUGGGCAGAAAUGGUGAAAGGCAUAGAAGAAGAGAAGCGCCUCGCAACCACGGUAGGCGCGUUGGAUAUGUUCAAAGGCACCGAUCUCCGGCGCACCCUCCUCUGCUUCGGCAUGAUCGCCUGCCAAACCGGUUCCGGGGUCUGGUUCGUCAUCUCCUACGGCACCUACUUCCUUACAGUCUCCGGCCUCACCGUCUCUGACGCCUUUGCCUACACCAUCAUGGCGACCUGCCUCGGAUUCGUCGGCGUAAACAUGGGCAUGUAUCUGAUGCGGAACCACCUGGGCCGGCGCUCCAUCCUUAUGCUUGGGGGUGUCAUCUGCGGAUGCUCGCAACUGGGCCUAGCUGUCUCCGCCACCGUCGCGCCCGGCACGCAGGCGAACCUCAACUGUCUCAUAGGAUUCACUGCGCUGUUUAAGUGGGGCUAUAACAUGUGCGUUGGCGCGGCGAGUUAUCCAGUUGCGACGGAGCUUGUGAGUACGCGGUUGAGGGCGUGGACGGUGGGGAGUGCGACAAGCUUUGGGUAUUUUUUGGCGUGGUUGAAUGCGUUUUGUACGCCAUACUUUAUCAAUCCGCAGAACCUUGGCUGGGGCGCAAAGUAUGGGUAUAUUUGGGCUGGGUCAAACUUUCUUUGCGUUUUGUUCUUCUUCCUUUGCAUGCCAGAGAUGAAAGGAAGAACACUGGAAGAAAUCGACGAACUAUUCGCAAACAAGGUCGCAGCGUGGAAGUUCAAAUCUUACGAGACCACGAUCGGAGCCGAGGCCGCGCAAGAAGUGGAGGAGAAGGUUUUUGAAAAGGGAACCUCGACUGAGACGCGGGAGCGCGCAAAUGGCAAGUAA